AUGACGUCCACAAUCGGCAUCCCCAUCAAGCUCCUCAACGAGGCACAGGGCCACAUUGUGACUCUCGAAAUCACCAGCGGUCAGACCUACCGUGGGAAACUGCUCGAUGGUACGCCGCCCCUCGGUCCCUUGCCGCGCGAUAUUCGCACAUGCCGUGUGUUGGUACUAACUGCUCGGCUAGCCGAAGACAACAUGAACGUUCAGCUCAAAGACAUUACGGUAACCGCUCGCGAUGGUCGCGUCUCCCACCUCGAGCAAGUGUAUAUCCGGGGCUCUCACGUGCGCUUCUUCAUCGUCCCAGACAUGUUGCGCAAUGCACCCAUGUUCAGGAGCAGGAAUUUGAGAGGACGGGGUGUUGGUCUAGCGAGAGGAAGGGCGACUGUCAGUCGGGCUAGAGCUGGCGGACGCCGAUAG